UCCCGGGCGCGCGGUAACCGUUACACGGCACACCCACAUGCGCUGAAGCGCGCAUCUUGAAUAUAUAUGGGGAACACACAGCUUGUUGGCACAAUACGACUACGCAAACAUCACAAGCUGAACCUGCAUCGCCAUUCGCCAUUCUCAACAGCCUGACAAGCAAGAGGAUUGAAGAACUUCCGGGUUGAUCGAUCGUCCCCACUCGAAAGAGAGGAAAAUGACACUCGUGGAGAUGUGCGUGCACAUGGACUGCCCGGGGUGCGAGAAGAAGGUCCGGAAGGCGGUGGAGCGGCUGGAGGGCGUGCACGACGUGGAGGUCGACAUGGCGCAGCAGAAGGUGACGGUGAACGGGGACGUGGAGCAGAAGAAGGUGCUCAAGGCGGUGCGGCGGACGGGGCGGCGCGCCGUGCUGUGGCCGCAGCCCUUCGCCGCGGGCGGCGGCGCGCACGUCCUGGCGCAGCAGCAGCUCAUGUACCAGCCCGGAGCGGCGGCGCUGGAGCACGGCGUCCACGCGGCGCGCCCGGGGUCCUCGUACAACUACCACAAGCACGGCUACGACGACUCGCGCCUGUACGGCGCCUACUACCACCACGGCGCCAACUCGGCCGUCGCUGGCACCAGGGCCACCGACUACUUCAGCGACGAGAACGCGCAGGGGUGCUACGUCAUGUGAUUCUAAGGGGAUCGCACGAUCGACAUGUCAUGUCAAGCACCGCGCUCGGUGCUUUGUUUUGUUGUUCCAUGAUACAAUGACUUAAGUUUAUGAUAUACAGGUAAGGAGGAAGAUAUCGAAAC